AGUAGUGCAGCAGCAGAGAGAAGCAGGUAAAGGGAGACAGUCACCUACCGGACACACAUCACCCUCCCGUUCUUCAAAACACAGGGAGGAAAUGCUUCUUUCUUUGGGUUUGACAUAAAAUACAACCUCCGGGGAGCCAGUACAAGAUUAAAAUGGCCCCAAAUUCCAUCCACUGGUUCCGUAAGGGCCUCCGUCUCCAUGACAACCCAGCACUACAGGAGGCAGUCAGAGGAGCAGGCACAGUGCGCUGUGUUUACUUCCUGGACCCUUGGUUUGCAGGCUCGUCCAAUGUCGGAGUCAACAGGUGGAGGUUUCUCCUUCAGUGUUUGGAGGAUCUAGACGCCAACCUUCGGAAGCUCAACUCCCGCCUUUUUGUCAUCAGGGGCCAACCAGCCAACGUGUUCCCGCGGCUCUUUAAGGAGUGGAAGAUCUCUCGCCUGACCUUUGAGUAUGACUCAGAGCCUUUUGGGAAGGAGAGAGACGCUGCCAUCAAGAAGCUGGCCAUGGAGGCAGGAGUGGAGGUCAUCGUCAAGAUAUCACACACCCUCUACGACCUGGACAAGAUCAUCGAGCUGAAUGGCGGGCAGCCUCCUCUCACCUACAAGCGUUUCCAGACUCUCAUCAGUCGACUGGAUCCUCCUGAGAUGCCCGUGGAGACGCUCUCAGACACCCUGAUGGGUCGCUGUGUCACCCCCAUCUCUGAGGACCAUGGAGACAAGUACGGGGUUCCGUCCCUGGAGGAGCUGGGCUUUGACACUGAGGGCCUGCCUACAGCCGUGUGGCCGGGAGGAGAGACCGAGGCGCUGACCAGGAUAGAGCGCCAUCUGGAGAGGAAGGCGUGGGUGGCUAACUUUGAGCGUCCUAGGAUGAAUGCCAACUCGCUGCUGGCCAGCCCAACAGGCCUCAGCCCAUAUCUGCGAUUCGGCUGCCUCUCCUGUCGCCUUUUCUACUUCAAGCUCACUGACCUCUACCGCAAGGUGAAAAAGAACAGCUCUCCUCCACUCUCCCUGUACGGCCAAUUACUGUGGCGGGAGUUCUUCUACACCACGGCGACCAACAACCCGCGCUUCGACAAGAUGGAGGGCAACCCCAUCUGCGUCCGCAUCCCCUGGGACAAAAAUCCCGAAGCACUUGCCAAGUGGGCCGAGGCGAAGACGGGUUUUCCCUGGAUAGACGCCAUCAUGACUCAGCUGAGGCAGGAGGGCUGGAUCCAUCACCUGGCCAGGCACGCGGUGGCGUGCUUCCUCACUCGGGGCGACCUGUGGAUCAGCUGGGAGGAAGGGAUGAAGGUCUUUGAGGAGCUGCUUCUGGACGCAGACUGGAGCGUGAACGCAGGCAGCUGGAUGUGGCUGUCCUGCAGUUCAUUUUUCCAGCAGUUUUUCCACUGCUACUGCCCCGUGGGCUUUGGCAGACGCACCGACCCCAACGGGGACUUCAUUAGACGUUACUUACCUGUCCUCCGAGGUUUCCCUGCUAAGUACAUCUACGACCCGUGGAACGCUCCGGAGUCGGUGCAGGCAGCCGCCAAGUGCAUCAUCGGCGUCCAUUACCCGAAGCCCAUGGUGCACCACGCAGAGGCAAGCCGGCUCAACAUCGAGAGGAUGAAGCAGAUCUACCAGCAACUUAGCCGAUACAGGGGACUGGGCCUGCUGGCAUCAGUGCCGUCCACCAAUGGGAAUGGGAACGGAGGAAUGAUGGCCUACUCUCCCGGAGAGCAGCAGCCAGGGACCAACAGCAACUCACACUUGCCUGGAGUGUCGGGGAGCUCCGUUGCAACAGGUAAUGGCAGCGGGAGCAUCUUACUCAACUUUGAUAAUGAAGAACAACAGCAACAGCGACUGCAGCCGCACCCACAACAACAGCAGCAGCAGCAACAGCAUGGAUACCACUCAGUGCCAGAAGCCAGCCAGACCAUCACCAGCAGCCGACUCUACCACGAGUUUGCUGUGCCUCAACACCCAGGACUCCUCCUGCACACCAGAGGAGGCAUCACAGGAAAGCGGGAGCGCGAGUCGGAACGAGACGGGUCGGGGGAGAAAGACCCGGCGUCCUGCUCCGUGCACAAGAUGCAGAGGCAGAGUACAGAGACCACCUAAAGCAGGCGGUGAUGAGACUGUCUGGAUCCACAUUAGAGUCACCAUCCGGCCAGCGGAGAAAGGAAAUCCCAACGUCGCCACCUGUCCUCCAAACACACGCAGACAUGACUGCCUCCUCCUCACACACAGUGCAUCGAACACUGCUGUCUGUCUUUACGGUCAGAAAUCCCCCCCCAGGGUGCAAACACCAAGGUGAAAAUGUGAUUUCUGACACGGUCUGUAAAAGGGCUUUUUCGUCAUAGAGUCCACUGACCUCUGACCUCGUGCAGUUGUGUACAGACAGGUGCGACGACCGCAGAGGAAUGUGCAAAGAAACAAAACGCCUCAAACUUACAGCUCAACAUAUUAUUUGUAAAAAUAAUUAAAUACAUUAAAAAACACGUUAUUGUCUUAAAACCGCUGCCACCAGCCAGUAUAUACUGUGUGAACUCUGAAGCAGCUAUAAAUGUAAGUAACGGAAUAUUUAAUCUUUUUACAGCUGCAAGUUCAUCAGUCACUUUGUCUGCUCUUGCACACACUGAUGUGAAACCAAGUAUUUCAGGGUUUACAGAGAGUAUUUUGUACUUUUACUACAGCUUUGUAGUACGUACAUCCUGACACAGGGCUGGGCUGUAUGGAGAAAAUCAAAUAUCACGACCCACCUCCAUAUUGUGACAAUAUUGUAGAGUUGACUAUUGGUGCUUUGACAAAAUAUUACAAAAUGAGAUUUUUUUUUUUUUUGUAAAAAAAUCAAUGUGGAUAUAAUAACUUAGGGCUCGUUUAUUCUCCCGGAUCAAAAUAGAUAGAUCCGUUCAAAACGUUGUAAAUGUCACUGCCCCUAUACUUCUGUGUGUCCUUUAUGUUGGCAUAGAUACAGCCAGCAGGUGGCACUAGAGGGCGGAGUCAGAAGUUUCAGACGGCAACGAACAAGACAACAGUGGAGGAGGUUGUUAUCAUGUGCCUUUUAACAGAGGCAUCGUUGUAGACACAUUGUUGUAAAUACAUCAUGACACGUGGACGGAAAAUUCUUUUGACUAUAUCACUAAUUUGUUUUUAAAUGUCUUCGUCGCCUCCUACGGUCGCAUCUCAUUUGCACAAUGCUACACUGCCUCUACGAUCUCUAGUGGUACUGCUUCGUUUCAUCCGUACCUAUAAGCUUUAAGACAACAUGAACACAUUCGUGUCCCUAUACGUAUUUAACGUUGAGCAUAAAUGAGCCCUGAGUAAAAGCAGGAAAUGACAUCACUUUGCUGUAUUGCAGCCUUUAAACCAGGAAAAGACAACACUCAAAGAUAUCCAGAAUCUAACACGAUAUCUAGUCUCAUAUCACGAUAUUGAUAUACUUUUGAUAUAUUGCUCAGCCCGACCCUGAUGUGCUACAUCCCAUAGAGCUCACCAGGAGCACAGCGUCACCUUCACACAUGCCGACACGUCUGUGUCACUCCAGGAAUAUUUUUGGUCACAAAUAACAUUGUUUAUACUCAUAUUUAAUGUUUAUCUUUCUCAUGUUUUGAAAUGGCUUUUCCCAGAAAUACGUAGCCAUCCCAUAAUGAAGGACAGGGGUUUUAAACUGUAUUUAAACUGUUAAGUCUGGGAAAAUGACGUAAGAGUACAUGUGUAGUCACAGUAACAGCCUAAAAUGUCAUUUCAUAGACUGUUUGGGGAAUAUUAGUAAUUUAAUAACAGAGUGUCUAUUUGCACCUGGGUGAGAAAAGUCACACUGCAGCUAUUUGGCUAUUUACACCCGUCCCUAUGACGCGUUAUGAUGGAUCCUACUGCGUGCUGUGACUGGCCAGUACCCGUCGAGGCUGGAAACGGUUAGAGCAAAGAGGUCGUGGUUAGUGCAAGUACUAACCAGUCUUGGAUAUUCUUUGAGAAAGUGUAAAUGUACCUGACGGUCAGGUGAUGUAAUAUAAAGAGCAACACAAUCCAUAGAGGGAGUAAGAGGUGGUGCAUGAAUGGGUCAAGCACAGGACUUUCACACACGAGACUGGGCUUCGAGCUUUGUGUUAGUAGACAUUAUUUUUAGACUUAGCUUACUUAUUAUUUUCCGUGUUUAGGAUGUAUAAAGCUGCUGAUUGCACGCUGUGUACAUACACUUUAGCAGAAUAGCUGACCAGCUUGUAUAUAUUUUGUCAUAUUUUGACGCUGCUUGGCCGUCCAGGAAUACACACCCGCGUGUAAAUAGCAUUGUUGGCUACAAACACCUUGGUGCUAAUAGCAUCUGCCAAUUAAAAAUUAGUAUUCAGUAGAGUGAUUCCUCAGCUUCUGUGUCAAGAGUUUGCAUGUCAGGUUCUUCAGGCGCUCGAGGUCCAGCUGGUGAGUUAGCGUGACAUGCUUUAGCACCAAUGCGACAAUUCACAGGUAAUUCUAUGGGAACAUCCACUGCUGCCUGGUUAGCACGUGUGCUCACUUGAUUCGUAUCGGCAGCUAAAAACAAGGACACGUAUGUCGGGUUUUUUUUCCCCAGGCGGUAUUUAAAGACGUUGAGUGCGUGCAUCUCAAGGAUAUCAAGGAUAACAAAAAACAUGUUUACAGUGUGUCGCUGUAGAUUAGCUAGGAGACUUUUUGUCGUCUCACUCUGGCUGCAAAAAUGCCUUUAGACUGUGGCAUUAUGGGCACAAGAGUUCUUGCGUAGCUUUAUUUGUAGUUCAUCGUGGCGUUGCGUCUGUGAGGUCAUCAGAGGAGGACAUGUAGCUCAGAUCUUCAGAAGUAAAACUUUUCUGUAACGUAAAAGUAUCUUGCUUUCUGUUCAGGUUAAGAGUGUUGGGUACUUUACACAUGAUUCAUGAUUCACAUUAACAUGAGUGAAACAUGAGCAGGCUCAGUUGUUUUUCUUUUGUAAUUUGAUGAACAUCUUUAGUGUUGUUUUGUUGUCCUGGCAUUGUGUCCCACAUUAUUCAUCAUGUUCAGACCGUCUCUGCAGUUUCACAGCAAUUUGUUUCAGACUUUUUUUUUACGUUCCGCUCACAGCUGUCGACCAUCAGAGCCUGGACGAUCCUUCUACAAUAUGUUUAAUUUGUCUUUGCCCUUCAAGAGUCAGUCACAUUUUCACCUCUGUGUUUCCCCCUGCAGAGUCAUAGUUUCUGAAAGAUUCUGCCUGUAGACAAUAAAACAAAUAACUUCGGAGUAUCUCUGAGGCACUCUGUGCUGUUUUGACCUUUUUGUUUUUUUGUUGCUGUUGUUUCUGUGCAACAUGUUCAACAACCAAAAACACGUUGCGGUUCAUUUGGGAGAGGAUGUGGAGGUCAACUUCAGUCAGAUAUAAUGAGGACACAGACGGUGUGGUGCAGACUCCUCUCAGAGGUGUCACAUUUUUCUAAGAUUUCUUAUAAAAACCAAAAACUUGCUAAACAAAAAGGAAGGAGAAAAAAAAUAAGUUGAGUUGACACAGUAAAAGACAGGCGAUCCAAAUGAGCCUAAUUCUGUCAGUGAAACAGAAACCAACAUUCCUGAGAAACAAGUCAACCCUCCCGAUGAAGGAUUUCUACUACUGCACAGGGAGUUCAACAUUAUUUACAGUAUGUACGGCUACUUGGGACAUUUUGCGACCCGAGUGAGUUUCACAAUCUGAUACAUGGGUUGAUUGUAAACACAUGAGAAGGGUCGCAAAAUGUCCGCUGUAGAGUUCACUGUGGGAGGAUUGUGUAACCGCAUUGGAAAGAUGGAAGUUGAUGUCUUAUUUAGGUUUCAUCCGCCCUCCACUAUCACCUUUACACCUGGUGACAAGAAUGCAGUCGAAUUGAACCAGAGAAUGUAUGAUUUCCCCUGUAAUAUAGACCCCCGCCCUGCGCACACACACACACACACACACACACACACACACACACA